UGUGCCCACGCUUCGACUACCACUGGACAAUAUAGUAUAGUAAAUAAAUGCAUGAUUUGUUUGACAAACUUGGCUGUACAACUAUCUAAACGGCAACCAAUCUUGUUGGGCUGCUUCCCGGAGGCUUUUAUUUUGACAGCAAGUUUUUUACCCGGAAAACACUGACUGCAGUGACAUGAAUCGUCAGUAGUCUAAGGUCCAGGCUAGACUUUGAGAGGAAAUUUUUUCACUGUACAACUUCCUGUUCAAUAUUGCAUGAACUGCAGGGUGAUGUUGAGGAGUGUAUUCAGGUGCAUUAGGACAAAUCCUGUUGCUGGCCAAAGGAGAAUGUCUCAAAGUAGCCUCGCUGGAAAGGUAGCCAUAGUCACUGCCUCUACAGAUGGAAUUGGUUUAGCUGCAGCUCAGGCUCUGGGAAAGAGAGGAGCCCAUGUGGUGGUCAGCAGCCGGCGGCAGGCCAACGUGGACAAGGCUGUGGCACUGCUGCAGAGCCAGAGCAUCCAAGUGACCGGGACCACCUGUAAUGUUGGCAAAGGAGACGAAAGAGAAAAACUGGUUCAAAUGACUCUGGAUCAGUGUGGAGGCAUUGAUAUCCUGGUAUCCAACGCAGCAGUUAACCCCUUCUUUGGAAACAUCAUGGAGUCCACAGAGGACGUCUGGGACAAGAUCCUGUCUGUAAAUGUGAAAUCGGCCUUCCUCAUGACAAAGUUGGUGGUGCCCCAUAUGGAGAAGAGGGGAGGGGGGAAUGUAGUAUUUGUGUCAUCUGUGGCUGGAUACCAACCAAUGCAGGCCCUGGGUCCUUACAGUGUGAGUAAGACAGCCCUGCUGGGUCUGACCCGGGUGCUGGCUCCUGAGCUGGCCCACAGUAACAUAAGAGUCAACUGUGUGGCCCCUGGAGUCAUCAAGACCCGCUUCAGCUCUGCGUUAUGGGGAAAUGAAGACAUCAUGGACGAGUUUAAAAGGCAGCUCAGCAUUAAAAGAGUCGGAGAGCCAGAGGAAGUGGGUGGGGUGAUUGCCUUCUUGUGCUCGGAGGAGGCUUCCUACAUCACUGGAGAGACCAUCACAGUGACUGGAGGGAUAGGCUGUCGACUGUGAAUCUCCAGUGGCAACAAAUUUGCACUUAAUUGUGUGUUCCUGUGUAGAUAUGUAUUCAUUAGUAAACCUUAGAAUGAGAGCUAUAAUUCGCCGAUAUAAGCCAGGAUACUGAGGAAUGUGAAAUUCUUCAAUCAAUUAUUGAUUUCCUGGGUGAACGUCCGUGCAAGAUUUCUGCUCUGUGACAACUCUUUUCAUCCUCACAGUCUAUGUGAUAAGAUUUCAUGUAAUUUCUAAAUAAAUGGGAGGGUUUUCAUGGAUUUUCACUUCUUCA